AUUAAUAAUAGAUCUCUCGAGAACAGUUACGAGUAGUAUUGCUACUAACAUGACUGUGUACGCAUGUUUGAGUCUUGCUAUCAUACUGUUAAGUAUUCUUUGCUUAUUUUGUAAGAGAAAAUUUAACUAUUGGAGUGAUAAAAAUGUGAAAGGCCCUACACCGUGGCCAGUAGUUGGUAAUUUUGGUAACGUUAUGUUACAAAAAAAGUCAGUAAAUCAGUGUUUAAAAGACAUACAUUUGAAAUAUAAAGGGGAGAAACUUGUAGGACUCUACCGUGGCUUCCAGCCAAUGGUACUAGUGAGAGAUCCAGAAUUAAUAAAACAUGUAUUAAUAAAAGACUUUCAUUAUUUCCCAAACAGAGGAAUGAGUACAAGUAGCAGUCGGUUAAGUGACAAUUUGUUUAGUGCCGAAGGAGAAAAAUGGAAAUUAAUGAGACAAAAACUGACACCAGUUUUUACAACACGAAAACUUAGGGAUAUGAUGCCAAUUAUUCAAGAAUGUAUUGAAAAUUUUUUGUUACUUGUAGAUAGAUUAGUUGAUAAAAAUGUCGAUUAUGAAAUAAGGGAGAUGACAGCAAAAUACACUAUGAAAAUUGUAGUAAAAUGUGCUUUUGGUCUGGAAAUUGAUACAUAUAGUAAUGAAAAAAACGAAUUCACAGAGAUGGCUAAGAAAAUUUUUCAACAAAGUUGGUCAAAUCGAUUGUUAACAGUUGUGGACAUGAUAAUUCCUGGCAUAAAAAAAGCUUUUGUUACAAGUACAGAUAUACAGAAUUACUUUGUUGGUCUCGUUCGUGAAGUAGUGAAAGAAAGAGAAGGUAAGCCAUCGGAACGUAAAGAUUUCAUGGAUUUCAUGAUCGAAUUAAAAGAACAAGGAAGAAUCAGUAGGAAUAUUACAAAUGGUGUGGCUGAAAUAGAAAUUGAUGAUUACAUGUUAGCAGCUCAAGCCUUUGUAUUUUAUUCCGCUGGUUAUGAGACAUCAUCAGCUACAAUGUCUUUUAUGAUUCAUGAGCUCGCAUUAAAUCCACAAAUCCAGGACCGCGUUUAUGAAGAAAUUUGUUUUGUGACAGAUAAAUACAACGGCGACAUUAAUUACGACUCCAUUAGCCAGAUGAAAUACUUAGAAAUGAUCUUUGAUGAAACACUGCGUAAAUACACUGUAGCGGGUGUACUAUUUAGGAAGUCUUCGUCAAAUUAUACGUUUCAGGGUACAAAUGUAAUGAUAGAAAAAAAUACUCCCGUACUGAUUUCGGUUAGUGGAUUAACAGCAGAUCAUGAGUAUUUUCCUGAACCUAAUAAAUUUGAACCUGAUAACUUUUUGUCGCAGAAUCUCAAUAAAUUGUCACAGUGUGUUUAUUUGCCUUUUGGUGAUGGACCGCGUAAUUGUAUCGGUAGACGGUUUGCGAAGGUCAUCACGUUGUUAUGUAUGGCUGCAUUUAUAAAGAAAUUCAAAGUGGAACCAACAGCGAACACUAAAAGAGAUUUGACAUUCAAUCCUAAAGGUAUGAUUUUGGUUUCGAAUGAAGGAAUAUGGACCAAAAUAUCAAGAAGGGAAACAUAAAGAACAAGAAUUCAUUAAUAAUGGUAUAACUUUAAUGAUACGUCGUAUGAUUAAUUUAUGAGUAUUUUGUAAUAAAUUUAUGUUUCAACCAUGAUUUUGAUUAUGUU